UAUCCUCACCACCCUUCCCCUCAUUCAUAUACUUUUCACCUCAUAGCUAGAAUCCUCUCUAGCUAGAUCUCUCUCUCUCUCUCUCUCUCUCUCUCUCUCUCUCUCUCUCUCUCAACACACACAUUGCAUACACAUUACAAGUGAAUUCAAGGGGAUAUCAUUUUGCUAAGCAAGUAUGAUGGAGGAUUCAUUCAACAUCCCACAAAGCAACUUAAGAAGCAAUUGGAUGGUGGAUGAAGAAGAUAAUCUUGAGUCUAUGCAAUCAUUCUUUGAAGAAGAGCUAGAGCCUUCAUGCAAUUCUGUGAGUUCUUCGUCCUCGGACGAAGACGGAGACGCAACUUCUUCGAAUUCGUCGUCGACGGAUGAUAAAUUCGAACAGGGCUCUCCUCUAUUUGAGAUGUCUUCUCUCCUAGAACAACUUCCUAUCAAGAGAGGGCUCUCAAAGCACUUCCAAGGGAAGUCCCAAUCCUUCACAUCCUUAUCUAGUGUGAGGUGCUUGGAGGAUCUAAUCAAACCAGAGAAGCUACACAAGAAGAAGCAGAAGCAGAAGCUCAAGCCAUCAAAGAGCUCCAAUACCAUAGCCAAAAAGUCCUCAAGAAGCACUUUUUCCACACUUGGCUUAAGGAGGAGGAGCUUUUUGAGCAGAAGCACUUCCAUGGCUCCACAGAGACAAGGGAGCAGUGUUUCUAACCACACCCUUCUAUUUGCUUAAGAAAUAGAAGGGCUUGUAAUGAAAUUUAUAAGAUCAGUUGCUGGAUAUGAUUAUCUGCCUCAUUUACGAAAUGUCGAGUCAAUUGCGGUGUAAUUUAAUGCGCGAGAAAUCGACAAAAAUCUUCUAUUUCUAGCAUCAGUAUGCACACACUAAAUUGCAGAAUAUAA